AUGGUUGGAAAGAACACUUACACCCUUCCCGUGACCGAUGGACGGUUGUUCAGCAGACUUGACAACAAGAAAAGAGUUGUUCCUCAAGCUGCAUCGUUCCAACAUUCCGCCUUCCAAUCAGCGAAGAAACCUCAAAUUUCAUAUCCCAAUCGAAUUGAUGGAUACCAAAUUAUCUCUAACCUUGGGUCUGGCGCAUUUGCAAAAGUUUAUUUGGCCAAAAAUCACAAUCACAAGCUCGACACGAGGAUGAAGGAAAUGGUCGCCUUGAAGGUGGUAAAUGUAAGAUUUUCUGAAAUAUUUCUUGUUCUCUAGUAAACAUGGGUGCAUAUGCAGUGGUGAUGCAAUUUCCACGCUUUUGGUAUAAAACUUGGUCCAAGUUUGACGUGAUCUUGGUGUCAUGUAUAAUAUCCGACAAUUCGAUGAAUUCUUCUAAUGUUGACCCACUAAUUUUAGCUGACCAAGAUAACUGAAGCCAGCCAGUUGAAGAGCACCAAGAAAGAGUACCAGAUUACGUCAAAGGUGAAGCAUCCCAACAUUGUGGAGAUUUAUAAUUCCUUCGAACAGCCGGUAUGUAUAAUAUUGAUGGAGUCAUUAUCUCUUUGUCUGCCUUCUUUAUUUUCUCAGUAUUGAAGUGCAAUAUUUUCAGCUUAAUGGAAGUCUAAGCUUGAUUCUGGUUGUUGAAUACAUGAGUCAAGGGACCUUGGAACAAUAUCUCCAUCACAACUUGUUGGUGGAGUACAAGUUGCUUCCAGAAUACAGAAUUUGGCACAUUUUUCAACAGGUUGCAUGUGGAAUUGCAUUUAUGCACAGUUGCAGAUGUCUUCAUCGAGGUAAGAAGAGGUUUUUCGUGUAUAAUAUAAUUUUAUCAUACAAAAAUCGUAAUUAUUUCUUCAUUUUUGCUCCACUAGCGACGGAGGAGCUUGAAAUGUUCUAUAGAUGAUAUAUUUCAGAUUUGAAGCCAGCAAAUAUCCUAAUGGCAGACAAUUUUUUGGUCAAGAUCAGCGACUUUGGUCUGAGCCGGAUGAAUUCGAUCAAUACGGAGGAAGUGAAGACCGUUUGUGGAACUCCGUAUUAUUUGUCGCCUGAGAGAACCCUCCAAUCGGGGUACACGUAUGCUUCGGAUGUCUGGAGUCUGGGCUGUUUGUUGUAUGAGGUACGCGAAAUUUUUUUUUUCUGAAUUUAGAAGCAGUGUGUGUCGGCACUUCGAUCUUGUCCCAAAAAAUUUUAUUUUUAUGGAUCCCAGAUGAUUCGAUCUGUUUUUUAGCUGACUGCUGGUGUGAACCCAUUCUUUGGCGAGAGAGAUAACCGUUAUUCGCUUUCCAACAAGAUCACCGAAGCUGAUUUCCCUCCAGUCCCCGAAGACCAUUACUCUUACUUUUUGCUCAAUUUGAUUGACAAAAUUUUGGUCACCGAACAAACGGAAAGGCCUCCAGCCAGCUUCAUUAGUGAAUAUUCGGAGCACAUGGUCGAAUUCUUUCGAAGAUAUGUGAAUUUUUAG